GCGGUGCAGCAUGAAAGAGCCCAGCUCAUAUCAGUUUACAAAGACUAGUCAGUAGCCGCUCCACCAACACCCGACCAUCAUCGGACUGACGCAGUGAGCUUAACAGUGUGCAGUACUACGCCACACCAGACGUGUCUCAGUCGCUCCACAGUGAUCGACAAAUUAGCUGUUGCUUUUAUUAUUGACAAGUUACUAUAUUAAGCAGCACUUAUUAAAGCAAAAAUGUCUUCUUUAUCAAGUUUUUUGCCUCCUCCUACCCAAGUUACAUGGGACAAAGAUGAUGAAGCAAGAGAGGCGAAGCUACGUCAAAGACCAGUUUCUGCCUUAGUAAAAGCUUGCAUUUCUGCUCCACCCUAUGGGGAACGCAAAAACUGGAUACCACGCAAUGAAGAAGAUUAUGGCGAUGGUGGUGCUUUUCCAGAAAUUCACGUCGCACAGUAUCCCUUGGGGAUGGGAAUGAAAGGGAAGGAUAGUUCGAGUAACGCUUUAGCCAUUCAACUUGAUGCUAGAGGAAAGGUCAAGUAUGACCUUAUAGCCAGACAGGGUCAUGCCAAAGACAAAAAAGUCUACAGCACGUUGAAGGAUUUAAUUCCCAUGGAAAUUCAUGCUGAAGAUGACCCAAGUUUACAAAAGCCAAGUGCAGAAGAAGUAGAAGAAUCUACAGAAGCUACGAAAAAUGCCCUUGAAAAAAUAAUCAGCAAUAAAAUUGCUGCAGCUAUGCCAGUAAGACGGGCUGAAAAAUUGGGUCCAGCGCAGUACAUCAGAUACACACCAUCUCAACAAGGCCAAUCUUUUAACUCAGGAGCAAAGCAAAGAGUAAUUAGAAUGGUUGAGGCACAAGUAGACCCAAUGGAACCACCAAAAUUCAAAAUUAACAAGAAGAUUCCUCGAGGACCACCUUCACCUCCAGCCCCAGUUAUGCACUCACCAACAAGAAAAGUUACCGUAAAAGAGCAAAAGGAAUGGAAAAUACCUCCUUGCAUUAGUAACUGGAAAAAUGCUAAAGGAUAUACCAUCCCCCUUGACAAGCGUCUGGCUGCAGAUGGUCGUGGACUUCAGCAAGUUCACAUAAAUGAGAACUUUGCCAAAUUAGCAGAGGCUCUUUACAUUGCGGACCGAAAGGCCAGAGAAGCUGUUGAGACUAGGGCUCAACUUGAGAAGAAAUUGGCUCAAAAAGAAAAAGAGAAAAAAGAAGAUCAUUUGAGGCAGUUAGCUGAAAAAGCUAGAAAUGAGCGAGCUGGAUUAAAAACAGCAGCAAAUCUAGAUAAAAACGAGGAGAUUUUAGAAAGAGAACAGUUGAGACAGGAAAGGCACAAAGAACGCACACGUGAUCGAAAUCUAGCUCGUGCUGCACCUGAUAGGCGAUCGCGCCUACAACGUGAAAGGGAGAGAGAUGUUAGUGAACAAAUUGCUUUAGGUUUGCCAGCAAAGAAUGUAAAUCUCACUGGUGAUGCCUCGUUUGAUCAGAGGCUCUUUAAUACGCAGAAAGGAAUGGACAGUGGUUAUGCUCAUGAUGAUGAGUAUAAUGUAUAUGACAAACCAUGGAGGGAUCAAAACUCUCUCGCAAAUCAUUUAUAUAGACCAAGCAAAAAUUUGGAUCAAGAUAAUUAUGGAGCAGAUCUUGAGAAAUUGAAAUCUACAAGCAGAUUUGUUCCAGACAAAGAAUUUAGUGGAACAGAUAGAACUGGAAGUGCUAGAUCUGGACCAGUUCAGUUUGAAAAAGAAGAAGAAGAUCCAUUUGGUUUGAGCAAAUUUUUAAAACAAGCCAAAGGAGCCAGUAGUAGUGGAACUUCUUCUAAAAGGAAAGAUGAUGAUAGAGAUAAACGAGAUAGUAAAAAAAGAAAACAUUAGAAAUAAAAUUAUAGUAUAACUUGAUCGUACUUUACUAAUUUAAGUAUAUUAUAUUUACUAAUUUAAGUAUAUUAUAAAAUCGGCAAUAAGAUUUUAA